AUGGACAUGUACGAGAAGGUUGCAGGAAAUGACACUAAAGUGGAUGUAUACAAUAGGAUACCUGGGGAAGGUGAUGUGGAUCAGGGGGAAGGUGACAUAUCUGAUGUAUUUGAUGACCCUGAAUAUAUACCUAGUGGUGGAUCCAUUAUUUCAAACGAUAGGGAUGAGAUCAGUGAUGACCCUACUUGGCUUUGUGAAGACCUAGAGGGUGAUGAUGAUGACACUCUAUGGUGGCAGGCAUGGCAUGAAAAGGAUGAUGAGUUGUGCAGUAUAAGAGGGUCAUCAGAUAAGGAGGACCAAUACCCUGAGUUUAACGAAGAUGUCCAUAUGAAGAACCCUGUUCUGAUUGUGGGAAUGAAAUUUCCAUCACCUGUUUCUGCUGCAUCUAAUGGUGUUUCUACUGCAACUACUGGUGUUUUUGCUGCAUCCAAUGGUGGUAGAAAUACUUCUGCUGCAACUAAUGGUGUUGUAAAUGGUGUUUCUGCUCCGUCUACUUCAACAACUUCUCAACCACCACCCAUUCAUUCUGAGCAACGUACUAAGUUACCAACACAUGGUGCAAAGAGUGUUCAGCAUAAUGCAAGGGGAAGGGCUAGAGCUGGAGGUCAUGUGGGUCCCAUCUAA